AUGUAUUCUAAAAGGUUCAUCGAAAGCGCUCAGACACUACGAAAAAAACUUCUUCCCAAAAAGAUUGUUCCAGAACUUCUCUAUGCUACAAUGGAAGUACCAAGUUUUUGGCUAGAUUCUUGGAACAAUCCAAGAAUCUUCCCUUUCAUCACACCAUUCCUACAGUGCCUGAUCUACUAUGCCCUCGUCUUGGUAGUCCACGUUGGUAUAUUUAAACUCAAUUCCAUAUUCACUCCCAUCUGGCUGCGACCAAUUCUCUCAGAUUUCUUCUGCACCAUUACCUCAUGUACAAUUUCGUUUCAACAUGGAAUACUACGGUUCUAUUAUGGCAGCGCCACCUAUGUCCUCAUGUCAGGAUUCAUGGCUUUUCUCUUCAGGAAUAUUUUCAAAGACUCAGCACCUUCCGUUCCAGCAAAUGUACUGAAAUACAUGAAAGAGGUCAUUUCUUUCAGUGAUUUACUUCUUAGAGUUUCCACACAGAUCUUUGCCAUUCCAGCCAUUGCACUGGCCGUACACUUGAUCUGGCUUUUAGAAAUCAUGCCAGAGCACACACAGCAACUGUCUCAAAGGACUUGUGCCAGUGACCUUAAUGUUGCGGUUGCCAUGGGAUUUCUCAUUGAAGGAGGGGCCAUUGCGCUUGAGACUUGGUUAAGCCAAAGUCGAAUUACCAUUUAUGAUUCUGUAGAUUCAUGUCUAAAGCUGUUUACUGGACCAAUAAUGGUCGUUUUAGGUAUUCACCAUACUGGAAUGUAUAUGAACCCAACACUAGCAUCGGUGAUGAAGUUUGGAUGUAAAGGCACCACCCCUUGGCAGCAUGUAUUGGUCUAUUGGUUAGCACCAAUAUUGGGCUGUAUUCUUGGAGUGAAAAUAUUUAACUAUCACCAGAAGAUGCUGGCUUCAUCUAUUGUUGAUGUUUCUUGGACAGAUUCAAUGAGAAGUGAGAAUGGAGACAAGUUUAAAAGAUUCCCGAGACGGAAACUUAAAGGAAGAAGUACGACAAGGAAACGAUAACUCCUUCGACAUAUCUGUCACGUUAUGUAUUUGGAUAUUUACUCUCUGUUUGGCUGUCUGUCUCAGUCUGAUAGUCUGUCUGUUUGUGUCUCUCUGUAUAUGUGUGCAUGGUGUUUGUCACCACCCACCAUUGUUUGAUAAACAGUGUUGGUUUAUGUCCUUGUAACAUAGCAGUUUGGCAAAAGAAACCAAUAUAAUAGGUACCAGACUUAAAACAACUGCUGCAAAAAGCAUAAUUACUAGGAUCAAUUUUUUCAAUUAAAACCCUUCCAUGUGGUGCCCCAGCAUGGCCACAGUCCAAACACUGAAACAAUUAAAUGAUUAAAGAUAGGCUUUGUGAUGGGAAGCAAGAGAGGUAAAGCAAUACAAAGAUGAAUAUCAAGGAGAAUGGUAAAAUCCUGCAACAGGCAGAUGGAAUGGUAUUGAGAAGACAGAAGGUGAGCAUCAGAGGGACAAUAUCUUCAGACAGGUUCAAAAACAUUCCUCUAAAUAUAUGGGGCCAUGAUACCUUUAGUAGAAAAUCCACUGUUAACCGAAGUCACAUUGGGACCAAAGAAAAAUGACAAUUAUCUCUGGAUUAAUCCAUUUUCGUAAUUUCUUACAGAUUCUUCAUUCUUUAGACCAGUAUUUCUUACCCCUUUUUUUCAUACCUAUGAACCCUUUUGAUUCCUAUUCUACUUAGAUGGACCCUUAAACCCAUUUGAGGUUUAAAAAAAGUCAUAUUUUUAUAAUUAAAUAUUAUUAGAAAUUGUAUAAAAAAAUUGUUAGAAUAUUUCGUGAAUUGUAGAAUUAUAACCACUUUAUUGCUCAUAAAUUUUAACGCCAAAAUCUUAUAUGGACCCCCAAAUACCAUAUGGGCUCCAAAGAACCAUAUGCCCCCCCCCCCUAAGGGCUAUAAGGACCAUGGUAGAAAACUACUGCUUUAGAGUUUUUCUACAUUCUGACCAUUCCUUGAAGUUCCUAUUCCUUAAAGAUACUGCUGCAUCAACCAUUCCACUUCACCCUUCUUCAGUGUCCCUUUCUUCAUAUUCCUUAUAUUCAAAGGGCUGGUGGUCCCCUACCUUGCCUUUUCUCUUCUCACCUUGUGUGUGUGUGUGCUUUUUUCGUUCUCCUAAAAUUUAGUUUUGGAUGGGAAGAGGGCACCCCUUAUGUUUAAUCUUUUAUCUCUAACGUGUUUCAGUCAUUGGACUGUGGCCAUGCUGGAGCACUGCCUUGGUGGUUUUGAUAGAACAAAUUGACCAUGGCACUGAUUCUAUUGGUCUCUUUUGCAGACCUAAGUCAUGGGGACAUAAGCAAACCAACACCAGUUGCCAAGCUUUGAUAGAGGCACAAAUACAACCACACACACACACAUUCAUGUAUAUAUAUAUAUAUAUAUUUGUGUGUGUGUGUGAAUGUAUGCGGCUUAGUGGUUCAGAUAUUCAGUUCAUGAUUGUGAGGUCAUGAGUUGAAUUAUUGGUGGGACAUUGCGUCCUUAAGCAAGGCCCUUUAUUCCACUCAGCUGAUAAAAAUGACUAGUACCUGUAUUUCAAAGGGCCAGCCUUGUUGCCUUCUGUGCCAGACGGAAUCUCCCUGAGAACUACGUUAAGGGUACAUGUGUCUGUGGAGUGCUCAGCCACUUGCAUGAAAAUUUCCUGAGAAGGCUGUUGGGCUGAUUGGAUCCAUUGGAAGCCUUGUCAUCAUAACCAACGGAGUGCCAGUGUGUAUAUAUGUGUAUGUAUGUAUAUAUAUAUAUUUCUAUACAAACACACACACACAUACAUGCACAUACACGUACAUAUGUGUGUGGGUGUAUGUGUGUCUAUGUAUAUAUCUAUAUAUAUUUAUAUCUAUAUAUGUAUGUAUAUGUUUGUGUGAGUGUGUACAUAAAUAUGUACACAUGUAUAUAUUCAUGCAUGCAUAU